CAGAGAAGGUAAAAUGUACAUCAGUUUCCCAGCCUUGGCCCCUGUCUGUAAGCUUGCUAUUUCCCUAGACUUUAGGAAGUAAAGAUCUUACACAAAAAUGAGAUUUGGGUUGCUAGCCUUCUCAUGCCUGUCACAGAUAUAAACAGCCUAUAAAAUACAGCCUUACUUCAAGAGGCCUUGUACUCAGCCUGUACUUCUCCAAAAUAUAAAUAAAUCUUGUAGAAGUCAUAAAGUAGGGUCAGACUAACUCUAACAUUGCUCUUCAAUUUAGUGACUCACCACACUUGGUAAUUUGACUUCAACUCUGAAUCAUGAACAUUCUUAAAAAUUCACAGAUUGGCAGAUAACCAGAACUAUUCUACUUGUGCAUCAGCCUUUCUUAGUGUGCUGAAAAAUAAUAGGUCUUUUUUCUUUCUUUUUUUUAAAAAGAUUUAUUUAUUUUUAUUUAUAUGAGUACACUAUAGCUGUCUUUAGACCAACACCAUGCAUCAGAUCCCAUUACAGAUGGUUGUGAGCCACCAUGUGGUUGCUGGGAAUUGAACCCAGGACCUCUGGAAGAGCAGUAAGUGCUCUUAACCACUGAACCAUCUCUCCAGCCCGAUACCUUUUUUCCAAUAUAGAAAGUACAUCCUUUUUCCUUUUUUUCUUAAUUUUUUUUUUCUAUUUGUAACUGGCUUUGUAGCCUCAAAGACUUUAAAUUCUCCUGAUUGCUAUUAUAGAUUUGUUCCAAGUUUGUUGUGUCUGACACUUAAUGUUAUGAAGGGGUCAUACGGUCUUCUAAGCACACAUAUUAUUGAUUUAUUUAAUACAGCAGCUCUCUAAGAUGAUUGUUUAUUACCUCAGCAUGUACACAUGGACAUCAAGAAACAAGGAGUUAGACAUCUCCCAAUUUGAAUUAAGACAACUUGCUGUAAACCUCUGUGAGUCAUAGAGUGACUACUUUGUGACUUUUCUUUGGGUAUGCCAAGGAUUUGAGGAUAAACAAAGUUACUGGAUGAAUGAAUACACCUCAUCUAUUGGAAUUGGAGUUUUUCAUUCUGGAAUUGAAGUAUAUGGCAGAGAGUUUGCUUAUGGUGGCCAUCCAUAUCCUUUUUCUGGAAUAUUUGAAAUUUCCCCAGGAAAUGCUUCUGAGCUAGGAGAAACAUUUAAAUUUAAAGAAGCUGUUGUUCUAGGAAGUACGGACUUUCUAGAAGAUGAUAUAGAGAAAAUUGUAGAAGAACUGGGGAAAGAGUAUAAGGGCAACGCCUACCAUCUGAUGCACAAAAACUGCAAUCACUUUUCUUCAGCUUUAUCAGAGAUUCUCUGUGGGAAAGAGAUUCCUCGCUGGAUCAACCGGCUGGCCUACUUCAGCUCCUGUAUACCCUUUCUACAGAGUUGCCUGCCAAAGGAGUGGCUCACUCCUGCUGCACUUCAGUCUAGUGUCAGCCAAGAACUCCAGGAUGAACUAGAAGAAGCAGAGGAUGCAGCCGCAUCCAGUGCCAUGGCAAGUGCUGCAGCUGGUGCCAGAACUGGGCGUCACACUAAACUAUAAGACCUCUGAAGUCAGGCCUUCAGAACUGUCUCUGGCAGUUGAGUAUCACUAGAGAAAAAGAAAAUAGAGUUAAAUGUCCUUUGGAUAUUUUGUAUGCAAAGAUGGCUCUCCCCCAAAUCCCAGUUUUUCAGCUCAGGAUUAUAUUUGUAAUCAAAAACAAAAAAACAAAAAAGAAGAAAAAUAGCUUGGCGCAGGAGGGAGAACUUUGUAUGAAGCUGCCCUCUUUUCUUUUCUUUUUAACCCACUUGUAAAUUUGGAUUCACUUCCUCUGUUUUAUACGAGCUCUGUUAAAUUACGUUUACAGUAUUUUGUACCACUGUUUACAAAUCUUGCAUGGACUUCUGCCACCAUGAAAGAAGAAUAUCCUCAUCUUCAAAUAUUAGGCAGAUGAUCUUUGUACACUUCCUGACAGUUGCCAGAGCUACAGCAUAGGUAGUAGGCACAAGGAAAGGCUUCCACAGCCGCAGUCCUCAUCGCUGCUUACAAGCUGUCCCGGAGAUCUGUAUUUGUUUUGUUACCAAUGUUGGCACCCAGAUACCGGAAUCCAAACUGGCCUGACAUGAAGGAGCACACACACAGCCAGAGGGCUUGGGUCCUGGUCAGUUCCUCUCCACACCCUUCUUCCCAUUCUGAGUAGCACAUUUCCCAAGGUGCCCGUGGAGCAGCUGGUCUCACCCCAGAUAUGCCCACCUCAGCAGGGUGGUACUCUUGUAUCUGCCUGGCUUGAUGCCUCUGAUUCUUUAAUGAAGAUACUCUUAUAACUGAUGAGUGUUUUUGCACAUGUGUUAGGAGAGGGGCUUCAUUUUAUUUUAAUACAUUCUAACUCCUCCCUGUACAGGAUAUUUUGGUGGGGUGGGAGUAUCCUAACCUAGCUUCCUGAGCAGCAGUACAAGCUGACACUGAACUGCUUUUUAAACUAGCCAGGCUACCUUUUGUACUGGAUAUUGAAACCUAGAAUCUAAAACACACCCCAAAGGUAAUUCUUUAAUAGUUUGUGUACACCGUAUCAGAAAUGGCUUAUUGGAGUUUCUUAGUUCAUGAUGGGAGUAGCCGCACCUCAUAAUAGAGAUUCUAUUUUCAUUGAUAUCUUGUUGAAAAUUAUACUUUUGUGUGUCUUAAAUUCAUUUUUUUAUGUUCUCAAAUGUAUCUCUCUUACAUAACAUACUCUUGGGAAUGAGGUUGUGCUACAGAGAAGUCUUAGUGAGGAAGUCAUCUGUUAGAGUCCAACCCCAGUUGACCCUUGGAUGUAGAACCAAUCAUUACAUGUCACAAUCAAUGUUCUGCCUUAAGAGUGAGUGUCCUGUGUAAGUAGUGGAUACAACAUAGGAACAUCCAAGGUACUGACUGCAGCUUUAGAUACGUGAUUAGUGUGAGAGUCACAUUCUCUGUGUGAAGAUACAUGUCUUUGAGUAAAUUUCAUCUUUAAUUUUUCCAUGAGCUGAUUUUGAUUGAUACUUUUUAACGUAAGCACACCCUCUUUAUAGGGAAAGUAAACCUUGAGUUAUUUAACACUGGCCUGAGGAAAACGAAGUCACUUUGUACUGUUUGACUGUUCUGUUUCCAGAGAAGAAAGCUGCUGCAAGUUACUCUACCCGUGCCGGGUGGGGCAGAGCAUUUGUUUCAGGAACGGUGCAGCAAGACAGAAUAUGUGGUCUUUAUGAAGAGUCAACUUAGUUCAGGUCUGAAAAUGAGACUUAGGACAAAACACUAAUGCUCCCCAAGAGGUGUCACCACGAGAGCCCAAGCCCUCAGCCCAGCUUGGUAAGAAAGAGAUGCUUGGUACAGUUGACUUGGGUUUUUGUUGUUGUUGUUGUUUUAUUAAUAGUGUGGAUCAUGGUGUUUUCUAAUCCAUUGAGAUAUAAAUGUUUUGACCCAAGGGAGUGGCCCCUCAGUUAGACACUUCUGGGUAAAUAGCCAGGUACAUCUCUGUGCUUACCCUCAUUUCAGCAGCUCAGCACACAAGUGACUUGCUGUUCUCAUGCCUGACUGGGACAUUUGACGUUUGAAGAAAUGUAAAAGUCUUCUAGGAAAUAAACAGCUCAUGUGCAGGUCACCUGAGAGUCAGGACACAAGAUUCCUUGCACUUUGGUGUCCCUGAGGUUGGAAGGAAGAAAAUCUCUUUAGUGAGACCAACCUUCUCCACAGUGUAGAUUAGCAAUGGAUUAAUUAACUUUGCUUUUCUUGCCCUCAGAAGGUAACAAUGAGUUCUCCACAUGAACUCAUAAGAAAAACCACAAGUCAGAACUCCAGUCAUGAAUUUACAUGAGUUUACAUAUUUUGUAGUUGUAACCAAGUGAAACUGUUUCUUCUGGUAGGUGUUUGAACAAUAAUAGCAGUAAUAGAUCAGAUAGUUGGUUUCUGGUGCUUGUUUUAAAUAUGCUUGGGCUUUUUAAAUCCUCAUUGGUGGCAUUGGCUUUAGAAGUGUGACUUGUGAGGCUGUAGAAAGUGGUGACUGUCCUAGAGCACCUCCAGGCCUGAACUCCGGCCAACUAUUGCUCUGCUUCACAGCAAUAGCAUACCUACCAUCACCAGCAUCUUACAGAGCAGGGAAUUCCAGGGUUAGUCCAUUGAUAGCCGUGUGUGUGUGUGUGUGUGUGUGUGUGUGUGUGUGUGUGUGUGUGUGUGUGUGUAGAUUAAGCACUGCAGACAGCUGCAGGACUCUGUUUCCAUGGCUUCUUCCAUCAUAAGUCGGGUAGAACCAUGUUCACUGCUUCACAGCUCUAACCCAUGUGUUGUCUUAUGGCUCCAUUAUAUAUUUACUAUAGCUUUGGUGUAUGCUAUGUUUUCUUUUUAAAUGACUAAUGUUAAAAGUUAGUUUUUCAGCAGUUAGCCAUCCUCUCAUUACAUCUUAUUCUUGCCGGUAUGGUUUGAGAGUGUAGCUUGAUUGUUAGACUUUCAUUGUCUGCUCAGUCUAUUCACACACAUCUCCACUGUCAACAAGUGGGACAGCUGUCAACAAAUCUUCAUGGAUCUGAAGAGAAUUUCUGUGAAGUUGAAUGCAAGUGUACUGUCAUUCACAGUGUUUAUAAAACACCAGGAACCUUCACUUUUGCUACCUUGAUAUAGAAUUGGACUAUCAUGUUACAACAUUGAAAUACAUCAAUUUAUUAAAAACUACUUUUAUAAGAAA